AGGAGCACAUGAUGUGCGAGGGGGUGGCACGUUUGCGCCUACGGACAGGCAACCGGUCCGACAUACGUGUCAAUACGGAUUGCCUACUUCAAGGGGCUAAUUUUUGCGAAAUUUCGGGAUUCUGGCCGAUUUUGGAUUUUUGUAUCAGGAGCACAUGAUGUGCGAGGAGGUGGCACGUUUGCGCCUACGGACAGGCAACCGGUCCAACAUACGUGUCAAUACGGGUUGCCUACUUCAAGGGGCUAAUUUUUGCGAAAAUUUCGAAAUUCUGGCCGAUUUUGGAUUUUGGUAUCAGGAGCACAUGAUGUGUGAGGAGGUGGCACGUUUGCGCCUACGGACAGGCAACCGGUCCGACAUACCUGUCAGUAUGGGUUGCCUACUUCAAGGGGCUAAUUUUUGCGAAAAUUUCGAAAUUCUGGUCGAUUUUGAAUUUUGGUAUCAGGAGCACAUGAUGUGCGAAGAGGUGGCACGUUUGCGCCUACGGACAGGCAACCGGUCCGACGUACGUGUCAGUACGGGUUGCCUACUUCAAGGGGCUAAUUUUUGCGAAAAUUUCGAAAUUCUGGCCGAUAUUGGAUUUUUGUAUCAGGAGCACAUGAUGUCCGAAGAGGUGGCACGUUUGCUCCUACGGAUAGGCAACCGGUCCGACAUGCCUGUCAGUACUGGUUGCCUGCUUCAAGAGGCUAAUUUUUGGGAAAGGAUGUGAUCUGAGAGUGGAUUAAAGUAAAUAAGAUACGGUUGUUAUUUAAUUUUAUUUUAUUUUCUAAAUUUACAAUUUAAAAUUUACAAUCUUGAUCUUACAUAUAAACAUCGUAUAAUUAAGUUAAAUACAAAUCGUACACUGAACCUUAAAUACUUCUCAUAACAAUGGAACUAUUAAUAUUGAUAUACAUAUUACAUUAUUAAGUAUUCAUGUUAUACCUAGAUGUUUAUUUAUCUAUUAGUGAUAUACAUAGAUAAUGAUAUACAAUGAUGUACAUUCGUGUAUAACGCGUCACUAUUAUGUAAUAUAUCGUAUUCUUCAAUUUAUCGAAAUGUGCAACUUAUUAAAUUGCCACCCUUCAAUAAUAUCCUGGUAGUGGAGAUGGCAUUCUUCUAGCAGCGAAUGUGGCAGUCUUCUCGUAGUGAAAACGAGUCUUGGUGGCCUGUUCCAGUAUUAGAAGAGUUCAGCAGAAGUCAUAUUCGACAAAGAGUUAGAGACAAGCUCCCUGUCAAAAAUUCUAUAUAGGGUUUCUAGGUUUGGCAAGGCGCCGGCGCCGCUCUAUAAAUAGCGUCGUACAACGCCAACCGCGGGCUGCGGCAUGUAGACAAAGUAAAAGGAAAGACAGCGGAUCGUGUGCGCGCGACGACGAUAGUAGUUAACGGUGGUACAUUUCGCCGCUUUGUGCCCACCUACUCGCGAAUGUAUAUUCGGUUCUUCCUCUCAGCAUCGUGUGCCGAUCAAUUUGACGGCUUCGCGCGCGUCAAGCUCGCCGUGGUCGUACGUUCUAGCCGAUAUCGUAUCGAACAAUCACAAACAUUAACGCCGACAAUCAUCGAAAGUAUCAGAGAAAUAUCGCCAUCGAAUGUCGUCUCUAUGCCGGUGUUUCCAACGUUUCGAGGACUAAGCUAAAAUUACACGAGUGAUCUCUCCACGAACGAUGGUGCGGCGUGUUCGUUGACGCAAUGGCACACUUUAAGAUGUGACUUCUUCGUUCACGCUUCGAUCACGUCAGCUGAUCGACAACGUGUAUCGAGCGAAAUAGAUCGGUGGGGAUCAGAAAUGGCCCAGGUGAUGCUACCUUGUGAUCUGCCAUGGUGGCCAGCCGUGGUGAAGCAACUGGAUCGGGCGGCAGACGCCAGAACUUCCGAGGAUCUGCUGGAAGCUAUGCAACGAUUACACGAUAUGUGCAAAUACGAGGAGCAAUGCCUACUGAAAAGUAUAAGCCUCGAUCCGGAGGAAGACGUGCAAGACCCCGAAUUGUUCUCUGGCUUGGCGACCUUCCUCGACACCGACUUGGAUCCUGCGGAGCGGGACCAGGUCCUAGCGAAGACUAUACCGCGAAUGGUGGAAAGAGCGAAAGCCUUGAGGUCUUGCAAGCCUCCGCAAGGCUUGCACUUCAGCCUCCAACAGCAAGGUGACUGCGUCGAAUACAGCUACGCCUUCGCCUCGUCUCUGAUCGCGAACGCGUUCUUCUCCACGUAUCCGAAGAGAACCGCGAAAACUCACCCCACCUUGCGCGACUUCAAUUUCACGAAUUUCUUCAAGCAUCUACGCAACAACGGACAGAAAGCGAAACUGAGAAGCAUAUUUCAUUACUACGACUACCUUGACACCGAGAGCGCGUUGGAUGGGAAACUGGUGAUAUCUAGACAGGUGAUGACAUCGAAGCAAUGGUUGACCAUCGAGGACUGGCUGGAGAGCAACGUCCCCCUGUGCCCCCUAAUGAUACGUCACGAGGGUCGCCUAGAGAGAAUAGAGCCCGAAACAAAAGUAUUGCGCGUUUGCUUCGCGAGCGCCAAGUUUGGCGGCGGCGUACUUGACGGUGAUGUUACGCAAGAAACUGUACAUAUAGCAACGCAUCCCGAAAUGCUCGCGGCGAUACUGUCCGUCGAGUCGCUAGAGGACAAUGAAGUUUUAAUUGUCGAGGGCGUUAGGCACGUGUCUAGAAUAAACGACCCUCGCAACAGGGCCACGUUCGAGGGCCUGACGAAGCCGAACGUUGUGACAGUGUGCUGCAUCGACCCGGAGGACUAUUCGAGGAUGCCCCUGUCGCAGUUCGAGGAAGACAAUAUACUUCGGGAGAUGAACAAAUCCCUGCUCGGAUUUCGACAGAGACGCGUACCGACUAGUCCCACCGAUCCUGUGAGAUCGGAGCUAGAGCCAGACGGAGCGUUAAGUUCCAGAAGGUUGUCGCCGAUCGGGGAGAGCUUUAGCAGCACUCCACCUGAAACGGAUGGCGACGAUAAGGCGAUGUCGACGAACAGUGGCGCCAAAGAUGCGAAAUCCGUGUCGAACGAGCAAAGCAAAUACGAUAUUUUGACGGAAGUUCGUACCAGGCCGAACGGUAAAUCCGUGAGACCUCCAAGCCCUCACAAGAUGUGCAAGGACGCGAGUUGUACCGCUAGAAGAAGUCGAUUUAUCGUUCUUGGGUCUAGCGGCGAGGUUUUACCGGUAACGAGAAAAUCGCUGGGUCAGAUGUCUGUUUACAGUAGUUGCAAUAGCCAGAGCACGGAUAGCUUCCAUAGCGCUAAAGAUAUCAUAGACGAGGAUCCAGAGGAAGAAGAACAGAAAUUCAGUAGACGCUACAGCGGCCAGUUGGACACCCCCGAACGAAGGGGAACGUUUGCUCAGCGUCUAAGGGACGCUUUGAAGCGUGAGAGCACGGCUACCGGAGCUACUUCGUCGAAUACGUCGUCCGGGGAGAGCAGCUACGCGGUAGGGAUAAGCGUAUCCGGAAGUCACGUCUACGACCAGGACAUCAAGGUGAAGAGAGGAGGUUCGAGAGGCUUCGUUCUAAGAGACGAAACCGUGGACGAAGAGUUCUUGAAAGAAUCGUUGGAGGCUGAACAGAAAUGGCUGGGUAGAUUUCGACAGAAUCAAUCCACGCUCCAGAGAAGGGACACGAGCGCUAGCAGUAGAUACAGUUUCAGCACCGAAUACAAUUCUGAUUUUUGCUCGGAGCUCGAGGAGGUUUACGAGCAGCUAGCGAAAUGGUUGGAAGACCCUAUAGCGGCGGACGAGUCUCGCGAAUUAGACGCAAGGGACAGGGCGGUAGUUCGAUUCGCGGGCUCGUUGUUAAAGAGGGCCCUCAGCGAGUCGUUCGCCGGUGUUCCGGUUCAGGAAGGCGAACCUCAACCCCUCAUUGAUUCCGUCGAUGUAAAUCAGAGGCACAAGUUGGCUUUGGCCGUGAGAAGUUUGAGUUUAGAGCUAGCACGUCAAAAAAAUAGGAGGCAACAAUCAGUCUCCGAAGGCGUAGAGUAUUACGAAGACGCUUUAAGUAAUCGUACGAUAUCGAAAGAGGUAAAGGAUAUCCAACGUAGAAAGCUUAGGACGGUAACAUUUACAUCCGAAGUUUUUCAAACAUUGGUUGAUGACGAAACUACCGUGUACCUAUCUAAUCCUGUUUCUUUAAGCGCACCUGGAACUGUUAUGGAAAACUUUGCGCAAGAAUUCGAAUCGCAUGUUACAUUUAACAUGCCGAGAGAUAGUAGCCCCCAAGCAGGCGGAUUAUUGCCUGUCGCUAGUGGUAACUGGGGAUGCGGAUCCCGACUAAGAGGGGAUCCCCAGUUGAAGCUCGUUAUUCAGUGGCUUGCCGCUUCUUUGGCGGGUGUACCAAAAUUAAUGUACUAUACCGCAGGAAAUCCAAACUUGUCCAAGUUAGACACUGUGAGUAGAGUACUCAUGGACAGGCAUUGGUCGGUGGGCGAUUUAGCCGCGGCUACGUUAAGAUUUGCCUUGCAAACUAUCGAAGAAAGAAUAGAGGGAAGAAAUAGUCUCUUCGAGGAGAUAAUCGGUAUGGAUAAACCAAGUCCUUAGCCCGACUCCAUGCUGUCUGUUUUGGUAGACGUACUUGCUACCAUGAUCGAAGACAGCCUAUUGACUAAUUAAACUUGAUCGUCGAAGAAGCGCAACGAACGGUUGCGCCUCUUUUGCGAUUGGCGAGAGUAAAAUCUACCGUGACGAUUGACUAUGAUAAAUGUCGCAAUGGGAGAAGGGUAAGCGUUUUACAGAAACCUUUAGUUUUUGAAAAUUUGUACGAGUCAAUCUAGAAACAUCGAUCUCUGUGGUUUGAAUGUUUCAUAUCAAUGCAAUAUCAAACGAAGCCGCACAAUUCAGUGUACAAAAAGAUUACAUUAAAAUAGAAGUUGAGAAUACUGUUUAGCGUACUUGUUAUAAGAGUGAAGUCAAACAAAGAUGUUGAGAUACAGUUCUUACGACUGUAUUAUGAUUUUCUGGUGAAAACAUUGUCACUUGAAUGGAAUUUAUACAAGUUUAAUAGAUUAGCCACGCGAAGAGUCAAUUCUGAUUUACGUUUAUAUAAGAUACGUAACUUUAAUACAGUUACCUGCAAUAAGUAACGAGGCACAAUAUAUUACACUAUAUUUUGUACAGUAUAAUACUUAUAAGUCGUUAUAUAUGUCGGGUCGAAGCAUAUGUAAUAACUGAAUAGAUUUUUAGAAAAGAAGAUUUUUAGUCGUAUUUUAUAGGCCGCUUUUUUAUAUCGAGUAUAAUUUAUACGAAACAAAUUAUGUAAAUAGUAAAAAGUGAAACGUAUAAGGAGAAAGUAACGUGGCCUCUGAAAGUAUAAAAGUUUACAAGAAGAAAAACGUAUCGACUAUAAGACGUCUUCCACUAUGAAAACGUGUAAGUGUAUCUGUACCUACGACUUGUAUACUCUCGGUGUACGUUUUGUUUUGAGCAAUAUUAUGUAGAAUGUGUUUCAAAAUUC